AUGCCUUCGUCUUCCAGCCGGGCGCAAACCACAUCCGCGAAUCCGACAUCUACUAAACCCGUCACCGAAGAGGAUGUGAACAAGCUCUCCAUCGCCGACCUCACCCUCGAUACUCCUCUUAUCCCCCUAAGGCCGAAGCGUCGCGUUCCUAGAACACCAUUCCACUUUCUAUCAUUACCCGCCGAAGUCCGUAUUCAGAUAUACACCUACUUUUUCAAUGACGUCGACACAAUCCUCGACCUCGGACCGCACAACUACAAGCAAGUACACAAGAAACUUGGUCUCAUGAGAGUAUGCAGACAGGUUCAUGAUGAGGCAACAUUUGCCUUUUACAGCACGCGCACCUUUCGCCUAUUCCCUACCUUUCCCGGCCGCUACUUCAAGAGCAAAAAGCCUCUACUAGCGAGGUUGAAGCCGCGACAACGUCAGUGCAUCACAUCUCUCGAAUUGCGCCUUGGCCCCGGGUGGAAUGCGCCGCCCAAGGGGUGGGUGGUCAACCCGGCGCUCGGCCUCUCAGAUUGUGUCGACGUCCAGCGGCUCAAGGUGUUUGUCGAAAUCGAUCCGAGCGACAGUGCAAUUAGGGGAUUCCGCCGCUCGGAUGGAUUCUACGAGGGGUUCAGUGUGAACCUCCUAACUGAUGUCCUGGGGGAGCUGCCCUCUGUUGAUACAGUUGAAUUCGAUGGCUGGACCAGCGUUAAGCGGUCUGGUGCCAUGAUGCAAGGCCUCAUGGAGGCCGUUACACAGUUUGGUUGCGCUAUUGAAUGGGGCCCUGAGAGGGGAUGGACUGAUAACUUGGAGGACGACCAAGAUAUUCCGGCGGCAGUGUUCCCGGAAGGCUUUCCACAUCCCGGCUACGAGUCGCACGGGUUGAUGGCUCUGGCCUAG